AUAAAUUAGACCAAUGACUAUAGAUGCAUUUUCCUUAUUAAAUUUUUGAAUUGUUCACUAUUAAAUUGCGGUAUUUUUCCAAUUGUUUUCUUUCAUAAUAUUUUCGUUUUUUGAAAAUUAUAUAACCUCAUUAUUUCAUCAAAAUGUAUACUACUAAUUAUUGUUUAUUUAUUCUAAUUUAAAUUUCAGUUUGAGUAAAAGAUUUCCACCAACGAAUUGUAAUUAUUUAAAAUGUCACAAAGGACAGCAAAAAGUAAAACCCGCAAAACACCAAAUCCGUUGUUUGAAAAAUGGAUUUCGGAAUGGUUAAAAGAAGCUACUGAAAAAGGUCUGGAAGUCCGUCAUGGUUAUCAACGUGCAUUAAGUUCAUUACGGAAAUGUCCAUUGCCAUUUAAGAGCGGAAAAGAAUGUUUAAUUCUAAAAUUUUUUGGUCCUAAAUUAUGUGCCAGAUUAGAUAAGCAGCUUGAACAACAUAAUAAAAUGUCUCCAGAUGAAGGUAUCACGGCUGACAUUUCUAAAAAUGCAAGACUUGUCAAUGUCAACCCUCAACAAGUAUUACAACCUUCAACUAGUAAUCAUUACCAGAAUUCAAUAAUUUCUCUGACUCAUGAUGAUUUGCCUAAAAACAAUCCUGCCAAUGUAGAAAAAGAAAAGAUUGUUUUGUGGCCAAAUGAAUUUACUGUCGUGUUGCUUAUUGAUACAGGUGAAUCAAGUAGUUUACGAAAAACCAACGUGGACAAAGUAAUUUCAGAAUUGUCAUCUUUAAAUGUGACAUUCGAAAUGAGAAGGUUGAGUGUCGGAGAUUUUGCUUGGAUUUGUCGUGACAGAAGUGGAAAAGAACUUAUGUUACCAUAUAUACUAGAAAGAAAACGAUUAGAUGAUCUAUCAGGUAGCAUUCAAGACGGCCGUUUUCACGAGCAGAAAUUUAGAUUAAAACAAUGUGGACUUGAAAACAAAAUCUAUCUAGUUGAGAAUGAAAAAAAAUAUCACGGAUUACCAAUAUCUCAUUUACAACAAGCAUUGGCAAACACGGAGGUCAUAGAUGGAUUUACAAUUGUGAGAACAGAAAAUCAUUUGGAAUCUAUGAAAUAUAUUGCCAACUUUUCUAAUAUACUUACAAAUAUGUUCAAGGACAAAACGCUUACUACUCAUAUUGAUGAAAUAGAUUCUGGCUAUAAAAACUCUUCAAAUAUAGUAAACCUUAUAUCUUUUAAAACAUUUUCAUCAGGUUCUGCAAAAAACAAAAAUAUGACUGUACGAGACAUGCUGAUUCGCCAAUUACUUCAGAUCCGAGGAUUGUCUGUUCAUAAAGCAUUUGCAAUUGUUGAGCAAUACCCUAGUCCAAAAUUGCUUAUAAAUGCAUUUAAAAGAUCAGGUAAUCCACUCUUAUUGGCUAAUAUAUCUUAUGGUAUACCAAUCAAAACUGUUGGGCCGGCCAUCAGCAAGACAUUGUUUCAAAUAUUCUCUGCGAAUGAUAACCGUGUAUAGAUUAUAAUAUAAAAUAUGUAAAGCUAAAUAGUAAAUAAUGGUGUUAUGAAUAUUUUUAGGUAAACGUUAUUGUGAAAAUGAAUUAAAGUA